AUGAAUUCCGAAAAGAUCAUUGCUAUCAUUCUUGCCUUAUUCUUGCCACCAUUAGCAGUUUUCAUGAGAGAAGGAGCUGGUUCUGCUCUUUGUAUUAAUAUUGUUUUAUGUUGUUUUAUCUGGUUCCCAGCUAUUUUACAUGCAUUGUACGUCGUCUUGAAAGAUUAG